AUGUCUCGGUUGGUAACUGCAAGACGCUGUCAUCUUGAGCCAGCAUGCAGGACGGAAAUGUUUAUUAGUACUGCUUCCAACCAACGUAUUAUUUGUUUAUUUAUUUAUUUAUUUUUAGUGGUCAAGAAUCUACCCAAGGACAACAGCGAACGCGUAACACAAAAGGUAACUUUUUUGCUCUUUUCCCUCUCGCUCAUUUUGUCAAAUGAUGGCGAUUUUUUUCUGGAGUUGAAUUCUAAUAUAAAAGGCUGUAUAGUAGUCGCGCAACAACGGCAAGGAAAUGUACAGAGAAGUGUGAUCACACCUGCAGUUGUUGCUUUAACAAUCAGGAACAACUUACAUGGCCCCCGCCCGGGGGGGGGGGGGAAAUGGGGUUAAUUUUUUCUAAGUAGGUGUCGCUGGCCUCUCAGAGCCCCCCACCCCAUUAUAGUCUAUUCUGUGGCCAAUUAUACACCCCAUCUUAGUCAAUAUUGGGCAAAUAUGUAGUUUUCACGAUCCCAACUUUAAAUAGGUCAUUCCAAAGAGAAUUGACCCAUUUUUCACUGAAUGAAGAACACUUUACUUUUCACCUACCGUUCAAACAUCCUGGUACGUUUGCUAACCUUAAAAAUAUCAAGACCUUUUUUACCCCAAAAAUCAGAAAAUGUGCGACCCAUUGUAGUAACUCUAGUUGAAAAUGCGACACCAUUAUAAUCAAUCCAGUCGUGAAAAUGCGACCCCAUCCAACGGCACAUCCCAAUUAGCCACUGAAAAGGAAGUACCCCCGGGGCAUGGCACCCAUUUUGUUUGGCUGCGGGCCCUGUCUCCUGUAAACUUAAGAAAUGAAAUUAUACUCUAAGCUACUGUAUAAAGCCAGCCUGCACUUUCAUAAAUAAGCGAUCGAAUUACAAGGACGUCGAUGUCCUAUCGAAGAAUAAACUUAUCUUUUCAGCUCGAAGGAAUCACGAUUUCCCGUUUACAACUAAGCAGGAAACUGAUUUUGAGUCGAUUAUUUGCCCGAAUUUGCGGGCAACACUUUAACCCUUAAGCCAUAAGAGUGAUCACGAGAAUAACGGACAUGAUCACACAAGAAGAAUUUGCUUGAUAUUUUAUCAACUUCUCUCCACUACUUCUAUAGUAAAUGAAUAGAGGCGACAAAUGAGAAUUUUAAUUUUGAUGUUAGGGUUUAACGGGUUGAACAGAAGAGGCAGGUGAUAAACGGAGGGCUUUUUCUGGCCGUUAAUUGUUGAGACUGCCGAUCUGUAUGUGACUGGUAUUGAUUAACAUGCAAAAAUUAAUUGGAAAAAAAUAUAAACUUCUGUCGGUGCACCUACAGCGAGUAAAUAGGGGUGAAUCUUUUCUUUGACUAAACAAGUGAUUAACCACAGAUUAAUUUUGCGGUGCAAAAAGAAAAACAUGCAUAUCCAAAAGCACAGAAAUAAGCUUUAUCCGCUGCUUAUGAUAAUGCAAUCAAGACCUUUUGUCCCAUAAAGCCAAGACCUGUAUCAGUUAUUUUCAAACCGAUAUCGUUCAUUAAUCCUACGGGCUGAAGUUGUGGCCUUGAAUUGUGAAGUUUAAACAGCGUGUGGGAUUUGCACAAAUUUAACCAAUAACCAAGCUUGUUUUUAAUGGAAACACAUAUAGUCUUCCUCAAUUGUUGUCUUAAUGUAUCCUUUUAAGUGAUGUUAUCAACGUGAUUGGCAUACAAAUCAACGAAGUAUCGUGUCUGUUUUUCUUCGAACACAACUUAAAUUUAAUAUUCUCAGUCGGCUAUACUUUCCUAGCUGGUUCCUAGUAAAAGGUUGUCUUGAUGUCAGCUUAUGGACUUUUAGAGAUGAUGAAAGCAGGCGGUAGGAGCCCGGGGGGGGGGACUCCCAUAUGAAGCAGACGGGGAUGCUCGUCGUCUCGCUUAGGGGUGUAAAUUUUGGAUUUUGGUCUCGCCUAGUGUGUUCCGGGCAAAGCGCCAAUAUUUUAAGCCACCAAGGUCUCGUUUAGGGUUCCGCGAAGAACUUGAGAUUUAUGACAAUGCUUUUAAAAACUACUUUUAGAUAAAAGCAUUCAAUGAUUAUGUCUUUAUAUUAUUAAAACUCAUUGCAUGUCAUAUUUGUGUGUUUUUAAGCGGUCUCUCUUAGGGGUCAAAAUUUGCUUAAGCCACGCCCAGAUUGGUCUCCUUUAGGGGUCACAAAAAGCUUGAGCCACGCCCUGAUGGUCUCCUUUAGGGGUUAAAUUGAAAAUUUCCGACGAGCAUCCCCGUCUGUUUCAUAUGGAAGUCCUCCCCCCCCCCCCCCGGGGGUAGAAGAUAUCUUUAACUGGAAUUUAGUGGUCUUGACAAUUAAGUACAAGGUUAGGUUAUUAAGUUUGUGAUUCAUCUUUAGAUUACUGAAGGCCAUCAUUGCAAGAAUACUUAUUUUAGCAAAGACUUACUGUCAUUUCGAGUUUCAUCCUCAACGAAUAUCUACUUAUUUAGCCAUAAAAGCUCAUAAAGUUUAAUUUUUUUUUAUUUGACAUGGUUUCACUCGAACGCCAAAAAAUAUAAAUUAGUAAUUGAAAACAGUUUUAAGCAAGAAUUAAAUUCAAUCAAUGAUUAUUCACAUUGAUCAGGGAUAAAACACCUUUUUACCUUCGGAACUGAUUAACUUUCGAUAUUUUACAUUAGUUACAGUAAUCUUGUUACCUCUGCGUCCUGCGUCCGUGAUGGAUAAGAAUCCCCUAAAACGCACAAAAUUUCAUGCCAAUUUGCGCCCCUUUAAAAGAUCGAUCGAUCAAUCGAUCUGAAGAUGUUUUUUGUAGUAAGAAUAUAUUGUUCGCGUGAUUUGUGUGGCUGUUGUUUAACGACGCACAUUUCUUUAGUCUUCGUUGUGCUUUACAAAAGAAUGUCUUUUAUCAGUAAAUAAAGACCUAAGCAUUUUCAAUUUAGGACUUAUUGAUUUUUGAACUGGGACUGAAUGGUUCUGGAGUGGGACAUAUGAUAUGUUCACAAGAUGAGUCCCAGGACUCACCAUAACUAUUUGUAACAAAAUCACUGAAGUUAUAAAGUAAGCUACGGUCGAUGACAGCUACAAAAAUAACCAGAAAAGAAUCUGGAUGAAGUAAAAUUUCAUUGUAAUAACUAACAUUAAAGGAAUAAGUUCCCAAAUUAACAUGUUUUGUAGGCUGUCUUUAGAUAAGGCACUCUAGAAAUCUCAAUUUAAUUUGAGAAAUGCUUUUAUGGAAAUCAAGAAAAGCCAAACUAAGAAACUAUAGAUUCUCUGGAGAAUUUAAUUAAAUAUGUUUUUGUACAGCGUUAUUUCCCUUUUGUUUUACCUAGAGCGGGUAAAUAACUCGUAAAAUAAAUGUCAUAUUAGACCAGCGGGCGAAAUGUCCUGUAGAGGAAACAUUGAGCAAAUGUGUUCCAUCCUUUCUCUACUACUAAUGAGCAAAAUCUCUUGUUAUUGUCACGUAGCAGCGUUAGAUUCGGUAUGAAGCUCGACGUCUUAAACAGGCCUUAAUUUCCGGGAGACAAUACGAAUCAACAUCAGAUUAGAAAAAAUAAUAAUAACAAUGAUUACAACUACAAUUUUGUGGGAUAUUAGUUCACAAGCAUGCGCAGCAGUUGGUAGCUUAUCACGAGUAUAUGCAGCCGUGUACCCAGUGACAGGUUCCUCGAAAAAUGGUUAACUUUAACCCAGGAUUAAGCCAAAUUUUAAGCACGGUUUUCCUGUCCUAGAGCAUGCAACUCGAGCUUAAAAACUAAUACUGUUGAGCCUUCUCUUCGAAUGCAGUAAUGAUAACACUAAACGUUACUCUACACAUUAUUACGAAUUAUACAAAACGGAACAAAAUUUUAAUCCUGGAUUAGCGAUAAUCGGCCUUUCAAGAACUGGGCCCUGCAGGGCUUUUACCAUUUUCUAAGCGAAAAACCCGAGAAGGACGCGUUUGUAGACUUACUAUAUCUGCGCAUGGGUUAAGGCGCGCCUGUGUGCCUCAAAGUUCUUACUUUUUCUCGCAAAUGUCUUGGAAUCAACACACUUUAACAAAAAUAAAUCCUGAAAGCUCAUUAAACUGACUUGCAUUAAAAUGGAAAACAGCUCAUAGUUUUGCUGCUUUUGGUACGGCUUUACGCGUUUCUUUUAUUAUUACUAUUAUUAUUAUUAAUGUUAUUAUUAUUAUUAUUAUCAUUAUUAUUAUUUUUAUUAUUAUUAUUAUUAUUAUUAUUAUUAUUAUUAUUUAAAUUAUUAUUAUUUUUUUUUUUGUGCAGACUGAUCCGAAUCCAAAAAUCUUGCAUCCUAAGUUGUCAUAAAGCACUAAGUACAGUAUGACAGCCAGCUAUGUAGCUAUUAAUUAAUUGUAAAGUACUAAUCAUUUCUGCAAUUUAUCUGUCCUCGAAUAGCCUACAUCUGUAAAUGACUAUUAAUGGCAUGGUACCCUCGGCAUCAUAAUAAUGACAUACACUUAGCAAACAAAUGCCCCUGCUCGAGGUAUUCGGAAUUUUCGCUGGUUAUUAAAAAUUGACUAUUUAUUGUCCAAACGAAAUUCACGGCAUUAGAAGAGGGUCUAAAUAUAUAUAUUUUUUUCUUUUUUUUUUUUUUAGCCUAGCAGGUUCUUUAUCAGCAGCUUCUUUUCAGCAGCUUUUUUGCGGUACAAGUGCCUUGG